CCAAAAUGUUUGACUACGUUUCGAAGGAGAUUCUUCCUCUUGGAUUUUUCUUUUUCUUCUGUUCAGUUAUUGGGAUUGCCGGCAAUUUUGUGAUGCUUCUGUGUUCUUUCCGAACAAAACGAUUUCGCUCCCCAUGUUACAUUUUGAUAACUGUCACUUGUGUAGCUGAUGCUAUUCAUAUCAGUGGACAAUUUCCAUUUUGUGUACACCUUUUCGGAAAUUUAACAUCAACCCAAGCGCAAUGUUUCUACAUGUUAACGGUUCCACUCAUCGGACUCACGUCUGGAGGUCCACUUAUUUUGUCGAUGGGCAUUGAUAGAUUGAUUGCUGUGAAAUUCCCCACAAGGUACCGUUACAUUCAAGAUGAACCGACACUUUAUAUUUGUGCUCAGCUGAUGUUUCCAAUUUCUUAUGCUGGGAUAUUCCUUCUUUAUGGGUUUCUUGUUCGAGAUACAAAUUUUAAAAACCAAAUAAUAUGUGCUAAUCCUUUGGCUCUCAAUGGAACAGCAUUUCAAAUGUUCACAUAUUCCAGUGGUAUUAUUUACGUGGCUGUGUUCAUUGUAUACUUGUCUGUUUAUAUCCUUUUAAAAAGCAAUAAAGCUAGUGCAAGAUUCAAAAGUGUUUUUCGUUCUCUAGCAGUUACUGUAGGUCUUGUGAUGUUUGGAUGGGUCUCUACUACAACUGCAAACACACUGUCAUAUUCGAUUUCUGACAGUCCAUAUACUGCUCAACUCAUCCAAAUGUAUGCCGGAAUAACAGUCAAUGCAGCUGCAGCUUCAAAUGUUUUUGUUUUUUAUGGCAUCAACUCAGAAUAUCGUGAAGUAAUUAAAUCAUUAUUUGGAUGCAAGAGCAAAGUAAAUACCCCUGCAUUCGAAGCAUCUAGUACCAUGGUAACUGUUAAAACUGAUCCAAAUUUGCAAAAGAGACGAUCUACAAUCAUGUCAUCCAGAUCCGUCGUUCCAAUCACUAAUUGAUGUUAAUUUCCAAUAUGCAUACUUUGAUUUCUUGAACAGAACACUUUUUCGAUAAAUAAAAUCAAUUUUUUGCAAA